GAUUGUCUACAAUUUCAUUAUUUUUGUAAUUGGUUGUGUUAAACAUGUGUCUUCAUCAGGUAUAUGUUACAAAGUAUGAAAACACAUUUUACGCAAUUGGGGUGUUUGGGUGUUCGAUGACAAGGCAGGGUCUAAAACUGGCUAUUGAUUAUUAUCCCGGGAUAGAUAAGUAGAACGUAUAGGAUGCUGUUACGGCACGUACAGGUGUAAUACACGACGCUGCGUGUGCUACAAAAAGAUAUGAAGUAUGGAGGCGUGUACCAGUAUCUGUAAAUCCAUGGUUUGUUUUACAUAAAUAAACUUGAGUGAUUCCAUCCUGGUAGUGUGUAACUUGCAGGGGCUGUAACUAGAUUCUGCCGUGUAACACUGUGUAUGUUAUCUUAUAAAAUUACAUUUACUGAAGUCUGAUUAACCGUACUGUGUUAAAAACAGUGCAUGUUCGUUGCUUGUAAGGAGGAGUAUGUGUAAACAUUUACGUAAUGUGCGUGCUAUUGUGGUGGCCGGCUGUCAUCACACGGACCAAAUGCCUUAUUAUAAAUGGCAAUAGAUAAAUCAUGAAAUUCAUAAUUCAUGUUGCUGUUGGUAUAAAUCAGCUGCAUCAUGUCGUUUUUUUUUUCUGAUUUCACACACCAUGUUGGUGAUGCUGUAACUCUCUUUAACUGAUGUGUGUUCAUAGUAUUGUCCAGUGGAACUUCGACAUGAGCAAUACAGCAACCAAAUGGAUAUUAGUAAGCGUGGGCCAUUAUUUGCUCAGCUGGCUCCAGAGAGGUGGCAGAAUCUGGAAACAGUGAGAGCACUUCAUCAGACAGUAGUAUCUCUCCGUGCUGCCUUGGACAACACUCGUGCAGAACUGCAGCUUCUCCGUGACAAAGUUCAGAAUCACGUUGACUCCAAUGUGUAUAUUGAAACUAUUGAGAAACUGUCUCUAGAAAAUCAUAUUUUGCGGCAAAGAGUUCUUAACAGAGACGGAGCUCCAGAAUACAUACAGCAGCUUGAAGAAGUUUUGGCUAAAGGAGGAUUAGAGGCAAUAGAAAUUGAUACAAAAUACAUGGAGCCACCUAAAUGUGAAGAAGUUAAGGAUAGUCAGAAGGUAGUAAAUGACACUUCUGUUGAAGAGGUUGAAACAUCUGUUCAGCCAGGAGAGGAUCAUUCAGAAAAAGAGAAAGGUGAUUCUCCAGAGAAAUCCUAUCACAGGGAACCAAGCAUGAGAUCUAUGUCAGAAGAAGACCAGUCAUUGUGCAGUGAAACAAGUCAGCAUGAAGUUGGAACACCCCAAGGAAGCAAGACAGCAGGAGAGUCAGAUAAUGACUCAGAAGAACUUGAUGACAUUGAACUUAUUUUUACUACUGAAGAGACCAAAGAAUUGGGAGUUCUGCAGGAAGACUUGGUAUCUAUCACAGAUACAGAUGCAUGGCAACCCAGUGAAACACCAGUUCUUCUCAAGUUUGCUGAAACAGAUCAGUUUGAUGAGGCAACUGAAGAUGCUUUGGAGGUUGAUGGCAAAGACAAAAAGCCUGGAGAUGAAAAUGAUAAUGAUAAUGACAAAGUUCAAUCUAACUUGUCUAAGAUGUGGACACAAUCUGUGUUGGUUGAGACAGACAUUUCAAAGUGUGGAGUUGUGGAUGAAACUGAAAUUCCAGGACGUACGUCACGUAGGAAUACCAUGCCGAAUCCUUUGGUUUACCAACCUAUCAUUCACAGAGAAGCUCUCGCAGGAAGUAAGAGUCAACUUCUAGGACUGGCUCCAGCCAGUCCAAGACCUCUGGUUGUCAAGUUUGCUACUUCUCCAGCAGGACAGAGUCACAGGAAUGGAAAACAUGAAUACAGAAAAUCUCCCAUGAGACCAAUUCUUGUAGAAAGGAAUGCUUCUAAACGGGAGUCAGAGGCACAAACUGAUAUCACAGCUCUUCCCUCCCACUGGAAAUCUGAAAGUUAUUUGGCACACAAAGUUUCCCACAACUUCACCACUUUGCCCUCCAAAUUUGCUUUGCCUAUGCAGCAGACAGCACACAGCAAAUACUCCCUCAGACUGUCAGACAAGACUCAGGAAGCUAGACGUACCCUUCUGUCAGAUAUUAAUUUCACUAGCAUGGUCCCAGAACUCUCCCGAAGUGCAGAUCAUUUGAGUCAGGAGGGUGUGGAACCAGAAGGUUCAGAUCAAGGCACUAAUAUUGCAUCAGAGUUGUGCAGAAAUUAUCCUCGUGCUUACUCGUACAUGAAGAACACAGAAACGGGCCACUUAACUGACAAUUUAGUGUCACCUGGGUACCUACAUUCUAGAGAAUAUGGCAAAGAUUCUUGGACACACUGCAGCUGUGCACAUAACAACUUAAUGCAUUAUGGAAGUAUGACAAACAAAGCUCAUAUAGAAUGUUAUCCAAGUAUACCGCGGUAUCGAGGAUCCCUUACCUCUAUUCCUGCACAUGCAACAUAUGAGUAUUCAGAUGCACGGAAGAGGCAUUCCUGGAAGCCCACAUCAGAGAUGUAUCGGAGUUGUUCCAUGACUCAGAGACCAACUUGGGGUUCAGUACCUUCAUCGCCAACCCAUAAUCAUCACUCUCGAUGCAUUCAGUUCUCACCAUCAUAUACAACUCCUCACUCAGAUGUGAAUCUGUACUCCUCAAGAUAUUGGGCAGCUGUGCGUGAUGCUCAGUGUUCUGGAUUAUCAGGUGUCAAGAGUACAAAGUUAUCCACUACUAAGAGCAGGGCUAGGAACAAGGUCACUUUCCAAGUGUCUUCCCUUCAACGCCCACGUCAUCCUGGACAGUCACUUCCAGACCUCAGAUCUGAUUUUGAAUUGGACAGUGGAGAUUCAACUGAUUCGCUUAUUGAUGAGGCAGAAGAAUACUUACGUCGGUCUAUUGAUUCAAUACUCACAGGAACAGACUGGGGACGAGUUGGACAGCGCAGACAGAACCGCAGGUUUUCAGAACCAGAUCCUGUUCGAGAAUUUGUACCACCACGGUCUGCACAACCAUUUUUACCCAAAAUUCCCCGUGAUCUCAAAUUGGACUACUUUGUGAAAGUGAUCACAAGUGAGGGAAGAGUGAUGGUGGGACGAGUCCGAUAUGUUGGCUUGGUUUCUGGCAGUGCUGAACUGCAUGUUGGUGUUGAACUGCCACAAGAUACGGGAGAUUCAGAUGGUGUUUUUCAAGGACACAGGUAUUUUGACUGUGACCCUGACCGGGCAGUGUUUGUACCCUUCAAGAAAGUGGUCAUGGCCUGGAGCAUCUGAGUCCAAAGUCUCGCACUUGACGUGACAGCAACAACUUGGAUCAUGCCUGUGUUACACAUUCCCUGCAUCAGGCACCUGGACACCCUAUCACAUCCAGACCAACUCUAGGUCCCACCCAGCAUCCCAUCCAUUGGGUACCAGGAGCUCUGUUCUCCAGGGUAAAGUAUACAUAGAACUGUAUGUCCACUCUCCCAGUUGUCUUCAUGGCAUGGCACCUAAUUAGGCUUGGGGACAGCUUCAGUUUUUACAAGGUAGGAGUGUACAACAAUAAUGAAGCAGGUAAAUUUCGUAAGAAUUUCAAAGCUUUCAUGAACAUGUGAUUAAGAUGGUGAUUUGUUUAAUUUUAAAAUUUGUGUCCUUUGCAGCUCCAGUGGCCCAGGGUGAAAGAUAUUGGGCAGUAAAGUAUUUAUAUAUAAUAGUUUGCAGUUCAUUGCAGCUUUCAUGAAAGUUUUUUUAUUACUUCAAAAUCAAGGUCUGAAUUCCAGCCUUUGUUCUUUGGUUCAUUGCUUUUAUUAGCUGAAUGUGCCCAGAUGGAUAAGUUAGGUUUAUAAAGAUACUCAUAAGGUACACAUUAUUUUUAAGAUCUAAUCCCUAACAUGUAAUUCAUGCACAGUCAGAUAUGCAUCUGGAAAAUUCACUGAAGGUAAGCAGAGGAAAUUUUAUUUCCGAAUACAUUGCUGCAAGUGAAUGCUAAUUAUAGAUGUUAAAUCCAAAGCAUGUGGAAAAAUAUAUCCAAGUAUACUUGUGACUUUGAUACUUUCAAAAAUUGUAAAUAUUAUCUUUCAGUUGAUGUUCUGUGUCAACAAUGAAAUAUGCAUAUGGAAAAAGAAUGAAGUACAAUCAUUCAUAAGGUAAGCAGAGAAAAUACUUCCCACUUAAUGAAAAGUAUUGUUGUCUUUAAUAAUUUUCUUUUAUUUCAUGAUUAGCAUUAAGCCAUUGAAAUUUCAGUGGGAAACUACACUACCCACAGGUAACUCUUCAUUGAUCCAUUUCAGACAAAAUUAUUGUAUUGUGAACAACUUCUAUUCAUUUGGAGCUUCCGGCUUAGAAAUAUAUGAUAAUCCAGUUUGAAGGAUGGCAAUAUGCUAUCAUCAUCAUCAUCAAUACAGUGCAACCAUAAACACUGAUUUAAGAUUCUCACAGUGAUGCUUGUGUAGAGUUGUGUCUUCUGACAUAUAGUGCUGUAUAGUCCUUUGAAAGUCAGUGCUGCCUGCACAGCAGUAUAUUCCAGGAGAUAGAACUCUUCAUAAAUUGACUUCUUCAUUCAAAUUAGUUUUCAAAUAUAACCAUUUUAUCUCUUUCUUAUAAAAGUAUUAUACUUUAUGUGCUUGAAAGUAAUGACUGAUGAUAUAUAACGUGUUUUGAGUAUAUGGGCCAUAUAUUAUUUGAUAAUGUAUGCCUGUUGACGGGGUAAUAAUGCUGUACCAUAAACCAUGUAUUUCAUUGUCACUCUCCAACAGUACCCAAUUGUAUAUUGUUAUUAUACUCACAAUGCAAAUAACAUGAUGUUAUUGGAGUAAUUACUAAUUGGUAGCUUGCGAUCCCAUAUGGAAACUUUCCAUUGCAACAUACUGCUACUCUCUUUCUUUAUAUAUAUUUAAAAAUUAUUUUUAUAUUUUUGAUAAGUUCAUUUCUUCAUGUUUUACUUUCUAUCAUAUCAGGAUCCAUAUUGAAAACUCUUGUGCCGGUAUGUUAUUCGGGGCCGUCCAUAAAUUGAGUUGCCAUGUUUUAAAGCUGAAUUUGAAGAUGAUAAAUAUAUUAUCUAUGAAAGUUAAGUAUUUUGUAAGAGUGUUUAUAAAUUGGUUAUUAGUGUGAGCAGUGGGGACUGAAUAUGGAAUUGUAACUGCUUUGUAUACUGUAUUCAGCUUUGAAAUAUGUAAAUAUGGCAAAUGUUGAAAGAUAAGUAAAAAGAAAUGUUCAUAAUGAAGAUAGCAGUUGUUCACUGCAUAGUAAAAUUGUUAGUUAAGACUUUAUGCUCCUUCAAUACAUAUCAUUUAAACUUUUGGAAAUAAUACAUUAUUUUAUUAUAUUAAAUAACCAAAGUAUUGCAAUCAACCAGAAAGUGCAUUAAGAUACCUUUCUUUGUAGUGACUGAGGUACUGAAAUGCAAAUUAAAACUGUUACAUUACGUUGAAUUAUGCUAUACUAUUAGUUGUGAAAUAGUAACUGUAUUGAGAAGCUGAAAAUGUGAAUUCAGUAUGUGAAGGAUAUGUUGGAGAACCUCAUAGGUGAUUUAUGGGCGAUCCCAUGAUUUAAAUGUGCUGACAGAUAUACUAAACCAUAAAUGGUUUGGUUUUGCAGCUACAAUGCAUUUAGUUUUAAUUCUCUUGGGUUAAUUAAUGCUUAAUAUAAUUAGAUUCUAUAAGUCAUUGUCUUUGCAGGUGUAUACUUUUACAGAAAUUAGUUUUAAACAGUUUACAAAUGGAGUCAGCACAAUAAUAUGAUUUGUAAUGUAUUCAUAAUAUUAUGUGGCUAAUGUAAGUAUAUUGUUAUUUUCAUGCAGCAAUUUCAAAUAUUGCAGGGACCAUUUAUUCAAAUACUCUAAUAUUUUUGAUGUAUUCUUCACUCAUCUAACUGAAACUAAACCUGAAUAUUAUAAUAUGUCAAUUGACUAGUCCAGUGUGAUUUUAUUUUAAUUUGCAUCUUCAAUCUUAAUUCAAAGAAUGUCUUCAGCACAAUAAAAUAUGUUACCAUUACACUGUUGAGAAUAUUGUCACUGUAUGUGUGAACUGUUACUGUGGUCUCCAGUCGUUACAGACUUGUGAAUCAAAAUCAUAUUAGACGUUAAAGCUAUUAAAGUUAGACUAAAUAUGGCCCUUAGCACUCUUUUAUUUUAUCUUCCCCAACCUUAAUAAAUGUUUUAAGUUCUGUACAUCAAUGCACUGUACGUGUUUCUUGUUGAGAAUUGGUGGAAUGAUGUCAUAGAAAUCUAUUUCUAAACUGAUAUCUAGAAGAAAAGAUUGAAUUUAGCUAAUGUUUGUUUUGAUAUACCAGGCUCAGUCAUGAGUGAUGCGAGCAUGGCUUUUAUACAGACAUCAUAGUGCUUCUUCUGGGAUUAUAAAACUUUGAAUGAUAAUGAUUUUUUAAGUUUGGUUUUGCUUGAAUUAUUUGAUUUUGUAAAAGCAUUUGUUAGCAGUAUGGUUUGUAGGAUAAUGUUGUGAAUGUGUUUUACUUCAUUUACAGUUAUCUGAAGUAUUAAGCAAUUUCAUUUGUAUUUUGAGAAUUUCUCUUCUCAUGGUCAGUUAUCAUUUGAGAACAUCCUGGGCCAUGCCAUAGCUCAGGCAGUUAAUCACUGGCUUCCCACUGAGGUGACUCAGAUUUGGUCCACAUUCCAGUCAUGUGGGGUUUGUGAUGGACAAAGUGGCAUUGGGCUGGAUUUUCUCCAUGUACUUUGAUUUCUCCUGCCAGUUCUCAUUCCAGCCAAUGCUCCAUAUUUGUCAGCACUAUAUAGUCUUGAUAUGGUGCUGAAAGGCUCAUUAAGUAAGCAACCUAAAGAAAGAAAUAAAAAGAGGGAACAUACUUGACGAUUACACCAGCUUUAUAACUCUCCUGAUCGUGUAUAGAAUUGUUCUUGAAGUAAGGCCUGUGAACAAGGGAAACCUGCAUACAUUUCUAAAGUAAGAGGUGUAAUUUUUCAUGCCUCUUGUCAACAUGUGAAAUAGAUAUUAUGCUGUCUCCACAUAACACAACCAGUAUUGUACAUACACUUAUCCAAGUUAUGUACAAUGUGUCAAAUCUACAGCACUGGCAACAUGUUUCAGCCUUAAAUAUGGCCAUCUGCAGGCUUUAUGUCCUUUUGUAUGAACAAUUAUAAAAGGCUACAAGUAGGAUUAUGGUUGUAAUAAUAUAUUACAAUGAAAUUAUAGAUAUGUUUCUGUUUGAAAUUUAGAAAAAAUUGUAUUUUUACCAGGCAGUGUAUUUAUGUGUUCCUUAUGGUACUCAGAAUAAACAUCAGUUAUUCUUCUGUACAGCA